ACCAUGGCUGCUCUGCUAGCCAAGUGCCUCGUGCUUUCCCUCUCCAUCACGCUCCUCUCUCUCCUAUGCGGCGGCGGCGGCGCCUCCGCCAUGGGCCUGCCCCCGCCUCCGGCCACGGUGAACUUCAGCAUCGCGGUGCAGGGCAUGGUGUGGUGCAAGGGAUGCAAGUACAGCGGCUACAACGCCCCCAUGGAUGCCUCCCCGCUCGAAGGCGCGGCGGUGGAGCUGCGGUGCAGCCACGGUCCGCGGCGGACAAAGUUGGUGCCGGGGGUGACAUGGCAGGGCGGCUACUUCCUCAUCGAGUCGUCGCAGCUGACGUCCUUCACCAUCGACGAGUGCAAGGUGUAUGUGACGGCCUCCCAUUCGCCAUUGUGCGACCUACCCGUGCCAGAGAACCCGGGCGCCGGAAAGGGGCUGCCGCUCAAGUUCGAGCGCUUCGACAAGCGUGCCGACGGCCUCCAGGCGAUCUACUCCGCCGGCAACUUCUUCUUCCAGCCCGAGUACCCCAACAAGUGCUACUGA